CUUACUGUAUUUGAUGAAAUCGAUUCAUGUUUUCUCUCUUGUGCCUUCCUUUCACUUCAAAAGUUAAGUCGAUUCUGGAACACGUUAGGCAAGCGAUGGAGCGGCUGUUUGGGAGCUCCGUGAGCUAUAUCAGACGAUGCAUUUUCCGCGUCCUCUCAAUGGGGCCCGUCCCAAGCCACCUUGCGUUCAUCCUGGAUGGGAACAGGAGGUACGCGAGGAAAUGGAACUUGGGGGAGGGGAUGGGCCACAGGGCCGGAUUCCUCUCCCUCAUGACCAUCAUGAAGUACUGCUACCAGCUCGGUGUCAAGUACGUUACCAUCUACGCCUUCAGCAUCGACAACUUCAAGAGGAAGCCAGACGAGGUGCAGGCUGUGAUGGACCUCAUGCUUGAGAAGAUCGAAGGCCUAUUAAAGGAGGAGAGCAUCAUCAACCAGUAUGGAGUCAGAGUGGAGUUUGUUGGGAAUUUGAGGCUGUUGAGUGAUCCUGUUCGCGUUGCUGCUGAGAAGGCCAUGAGAGCCACUGCUGCCAAUAGCCGAGCCAUUCUUCUCAUCGCUGUUGCCUACACUUCCACUGAUGAAAUCGUGCAUGCUGCUCAUGAGUCCUGCUUAGGCAUCGGUGAGGGGAAGGAUGUGAUGAUCAAGGUGGACGAUGUGGAGAAGCGUAUGUACAUGGGGGUGGCGCCUGAUCCGGAUAUGCUGGUGAGGACUUCAGGGGAGACGCGCCUUAGCAACUUCAUGCUGUGGCAGACCUCUGGCUCGUUGCUGUAUUCGCCCAGGGCGCUGUGGCCGGAGGUGGGGCUGCGCCACCUUGUGUGGGCGGUGUUGAAUUAUCAGAGGGCUCAGCCUUACCUAGAGAGGAGAAGGAAGAAGCUGAUGUGAUGAUUUU